CGGGUGACGUCGCGUCGGUUGUCUUCCUUGAACCUUUGCCCCGGACGCAUCGCGAACUCCGUCAUUCGCGAGCACCACCUGCUGCUAUCACUUGCGACGCAGCAUCCCUAAUCGAAUUGGUUUCUCACCCCGGGUCAUGGCCUACUAUCACCUGUUCCAUAGUUAAAAUUUACACUCCGAUUGGUUUCCUUCCCAAAAAAUCGUCAGUGUUGUAUAGGGUAAAAGUGUGACGCGCGUGUUCAAGUGGUGAAAACGAUCAAUUUUCGAUCCGAGUGAGAAAAAUGUCUCCGUCGAUGUCGUCGUCUUCGUCAUCCGAUGCGGAAAAGAUGCUGCAGCCCCCCUCGCACAGAAAGGGGUGCUCUAUGGCGACGAAGACGAAUGUGCAGCAGUAAAAUAUUGAAGAAAAAAUAGGAACGUUUUCGGCAGAUAGGUCAUCCACCGGCAGGAGUGUCGUUUCUUGCGGAACGAAAGUCAGCGAAGAAGUUGUUCAAAUUUUUCCUUUCUUUCGACGGGCUUUUAUUUUUGGCCAUUGGCCAUCCCGGCCAAGCCCUGCAAUUGCUCUCCCAGCCCCCCUCAGGGAAACCAUCACCCAGCCGGAGCAUAAUAUCGCGUGUGGCCCCUCCAAAAACGUGUGAAACGGCUCAGCUCGCGUCGCGGGCCGCAGUUUGGUGACAGACAGACAUGAGAACGGACGGACGGCGCUUGGCGGACGACGAAGGCGAAGACGACGCUUGGUUGGUAGAACUGGCAACAGGUGGAGACGGAGGUGGUGGUGGUGGUGGCAGCUGUGAAUUUGCUAACGGUGGACGACGGACUAGCCGCGGGUCGACGAUGAUAUUUGCCUGCGACAGUGCUCAUCAUCACCCUGUUCAGUCUAUCAGCUGAGCCCGACGGCUUAAGUCGGUGAGUCGUCGAUCCGCGACGGUACACGUGCCAAUUGCGACCAGCGCAACGAUGGAAUUGUCCACCGCGAGGGAAGAAGUGUCCGGAAUCGUCCGCAACGGAAACCCGGAAUCUACAGUGGAAUGUGAUAACAGUAGCAGCAACGGUAGUGAUAGUGAUAGGCUAGCUUUAGUGGAUCCCGAGAACAUAGCCCGGUUCAAGGCCGAGUUGUUGCAGUUUCUGGAUGAUCUGUACACUCCUGACCAGCCAUGGGACUUGGGUGUGUUCGAAGGCUAUGGACGCGGAAUGGUGGCCACCCGGGACAUCGCAGAGAACGAAUUGAUCUUCCUGGAUCGACCGAUUCUGGUCGGUCCCCGAGUCAACAACUACGAUGUGAUAUUCUGUGCCAGCUGUUGUAGAUUACAGAAGAAGCUAACCCUCUGUAGUGGGGGCUGCCGAUUACCGGUUUGUCCAGAGUGUGACUUUUCGGCAGCUCCGGAAACCUCGCACACCGCCGAAUGUCGCCGGAUAAACUCCUGGGAACCCAAAGACCAAAACCGUUACUGUAAAACCAUACUCUACGCGCUGACCUCGAUCCGGGGCUUCCUCCUAGAUGACCUUAGUCGGUCGAUCGUGCUCAACAUGGAAGCUCACCCACCUCGCAAAGACAUGACCACCGAGGUCGACCGGAUUCUCAAGGAUCAAGUCUUCAACAAUCUCCCGGAAGACGGCUCUGACGUUCAAUAUCUCCGUAAAGUAAUCGAUGUGCUCAAUACUAACGCUUUCGAAACGUUUCGUAUGGUGAAGGACGAGGAUAACAACGAUCACGAGAUCGUCCUGCGGGGACUCUACAUCCUCGGUGCCCUCAUGAACCACUGCUGUCGGCCCAAUAUCCGGUACGUGUUCGAUGAAAAGCUCGUGAUGCGUUGCUACGCCUCCAAACCGAUCCGCAAGGGGGAGCAGAUCUUCAACAACUACUCCAAAAGCCUCUGGGGGACGCAACACCGGAUCAUCCACCUGUGCUUCUCGAAGCACUUUCUGUGCGGUUGCGAUCGCUGCCUGGAUCCAACGGAAAUGGGCACCUAUCUGGGGGCGUUGAAGUGCGUCCGCGACAGCUGUCCCCAGGGUCGGAUGGUGUCGAUGAAUCCGCAGAAGAUUUCGUCGGCUUGGCAGUGCGACACCUGCGGGCUGAAGAUGAACAAUCUGAAAAUCACCCGGAUCCAGGAGAUCGCCGGCAGGAUGAUCCUGAGCAAUGCGGUCAAGAAGGACGCUGCCUACAUUGUGGAGUACAUGAACGAGCACGUGUCGAAGUUUCUGCUGCCGUGCAAUCAGUUCAUGGUGGAGUUGAAGCUGCAGGCCAUUUUGAAGAUUCAGGACGAUGCGACGCUGGAGCUGCAGGGGGAGAAAGAGAAGUACUGCUUGGAGAUUUUGGGGAUUUUGGAGAAGCUCGAGUACGGCGAGUGCUACAUCAAGGGGGUGCUGUGCUACGAGCUGUUUAAGGUGCGGAUGGCGAUCGCAAGGGUUAAGGAAGAGACAUUCCCGGAUGAGGCCACAUUGGGCCUCUUGAGAACUGCUUGGACCAUCCUUGGACCCAGUGCAAACCGCCCACGCGAUUUGGCUCAACUCGCACAAUCAUACGGUUGCGAAGAUGUUUGAUGACAAUCGGUAAAUACCAAACAGAAAGUGUUAUAGAACAAUCAAAAAGCGGUUGUGCUUCGUUCGGUCUCAGUAGGCCGAUCAGCAACAUGGUAACGAGAUGGUUGUUUUAAGCGCACCAAUCAAAAGGCACACACAAUGCACAAACAUUCAGAAAAAUACACACACAAACAAGCACCGGAAGCAGUGCAAAACUGAUUGAGAUUUCAGAUUUCGGAGUGAUACACAGGUAGUUUGCAUUGGGGUGGUUCAUCAAAGUGUAAAAGUCUUAAGUUACACUUAUAAAAUCAUGGUGUAACUUAAGAUUUUUGUAGUUUGAUUAUUUUCUACCACCCUGGUGUGCAUUUAGGACAAUUUUUGCUCACAACAUUACACUGAUAUUUAGACAGCGAAAUUGAUAUAAGUACACUGAAAUGACACUGACAGCCACACCGUCGCCUAGGUGAUGGGUGCUGUUGGUUUUACUCGCAUCUCAUAACUACUUACACGUUAAGUCUCACAUUCUCCUACCAGUAGAAGAUAAGCGAAUUUGAAACAUUUUUAUAUUGGUAACUAGAGUCACACAAGUGUAGAAAAAGUCGAAGGCGUGCUUCCAUUCGAUAGCAGCAGAAAAGGAGAAACAAAAAACGGCACUAUGAAUGAAAACAAACAAAUGUCAUUACACUCGGAUUGACGCACAAAGACUGGCACCUUUUCUCGCACCUCGUCUUUUUCGCCUAUAAAUCGUUAAAUUUUUGCCCCCCUCCCUCUAUAUCGGCCUUUCUCUUUCAGCAGGCUAUUUACCAUUUUCUCUCUAGUCUAGUCAGAAUAAGUAAUAAGAAGUAAAAAAAAUUGUGUCUUUCAAAUCUGUCCAUUUGUUGACAAGAACAGUAUAUCUAUUUCCAGUCAUUACACCGUCAAACGCGAAGAUGAGAACCACAGGUGAAUCCUGAUUUUUUGAAUAGGAAUCGGGGGAAGUCAUUCAACCUGUAAACGGGGAUCUAGUAGCCAAACAAUGGACAUAGUUAAAAAUUUCUAAAUUUUCUCUAGUAUAAAAUUAGAAGAAGAACAAAACAGGACACGAUCAAAUAUCAUCAGCAGAAGAUAUCCAAAUAUUUACCCAUCAAUCUUUCUAGUCAAGUUCCAAACUAGUAUUUCUAGGCAGAUGCAUACACAUUACGAUACUCAAAGUAUAUUUAAUAAAAGAUUAAAUAAAUGACACAUCCACGUAUAUAUAACUAUAUAUUUUCUGUCUUUAUCGAUAUUAAGCAAACAUUUCAAUCCAGAUAAUUAAAUAAAUUUUUCGCUUGGACUUCGGAA